CACAUUCUUAUCACACCCCGGUCUUAAACAUGGAACACCCUGCCUCGAGCCUUUCCUUCCCUCUCAUCUCCCGUUGAAAAUCUCAAACCAAAUACCAAACAAAACAAAAACCGGAAAUAGAUAUAUUAUUACGAAGAAGACAAAUAACAAAUAGAAAAAAAAAGUUAAAACAGCAGCAAGAAAUUGAAGGGCGAAGGAGGAAUUAGUUUAACAGAGAAAAACGGAGAAAGUCAAAGGAGCCAAGAGUUUUCAAAUGGCGAUUCCUAUACCGGAAUUGCGACGUGGAGACGAAGCGGUGGUGGUAUCUACCGGCACGGUGAAACCGCCGCCAUUUGGAGGUUUGUCGGAGGAGAGUGAAGAGAAGUCUCCGAUUUUGAUAUUCUUGUUGUUUCAUAAGGCGGUGCGGAAUGAGCUGGAUGCGCUUCACCGUUUGGCUUUGGCGUUUGCUACGGGAAACAGUGUUGAUAUUCAAUCGCUGUUUCAACGGUACGGUUUCUUCAGAUCGAUUUAUAAGCAACACUCUGUUGCCGAAGAUGAGGUUAUUUUUCCAGCCCUUGAUAUACGUGUAAAAAAUGUGGCAAAAACUUACUCCCUUGAACACAAAGGUGAAAGCAACCUUUUUGACCAUCUAUUUGAGCUUUUAAGUUCUUAUAUGGAAGAUGACGAGAGCUUCCCAAAGGAGUUAGCUUCUUGUACGGGGGCCCUUCGAACAUCAAUUAGUCAGCAUAUGGACAAAGAAGAGGAACAGGUUUUUCCCUUGCUUAUUGAAAAGUUCUCACUUGAAGAGCAAGCAUCGCUAGUCUGGCAGUUUUUAUGCAGCAUUCCUGUGAAUAUGGUGGCAGAGUUCCUUCCAUGGCUUUCAUCAUUUCUCUCACCUGAUGAAUAUCAGGACAUGCAGAAAUGCUUAAGCAAAAUAGUUCCCGAAGAAAAGCUUCUGCAGCAGGCAAGAUUUCUAUUUUCACCAAACCAUUUAUAUAUUUUGGACAAUUUUUUUAUGAGCUUCCUAAGUGUUAAUUCUUUACUUUUAAAGGUUAUCUUUACAUGGAUGGAAGGGAGAAAUGAUGCUAACUUAUUAGGAAAAUAUCAUUUAGAUUCUCCUGAUGGCUUAAGCCAAUCAUUGGACAGUAGAACCUGUCCUUGUGAGUUACCAAAGACCGGGAAAAGAAAAUAUUUGGAGCCUGGUAGUAUUCUUUCUGAGACGGAUGGCACACAUCCAUUGAAUGAAAUAUUGCUUUGGCAUAAUGCUAUUAAGAGAGAAUUGACUGAGAUAGCUGAGGAGGCUAGGAAGAUUCAACUUUCUGGGGAUUUUGUUGAUCUAUCAGUCUUUAAUGAACGAUUGCAAUUUAUUGCUGAGGUUUGCAUCUUUCACAGUAUUGCAGAGGACAAGGUAAUAUUCCCUGCGGUUGAUGAAGAACUGUCUUUCAUCCAAGAGCAUGCUGAAGAAGAAAGCCAAUUCAACGACUUUAGGUGUUUGAUUGAAAGUAUUCAAAAUGCAGGAGCAGUUUCUACUUCAGCUGCUGAAUUUUAUUCCAAGUUAUGUGAGCAUGCUGAUCAAAUAAUGGAAACUAUAAUGACUCAUUUCCAUAAUGAGGAAGUUCAGGUUCUUCCAAUUGCGAAAAAGAACUUUAGUUUCAAAAGGCAGCGUGAACUUUUGUAUCAAAGCUUGUGUGUAAUGCCCUUGAGAGUGAUUGAGCGCGUCUUGCCAUGGCUGGUUGGGUCAUUAACUGAUCAUGAAGCCCGGAAUUUCCUGAAGAACAUGCAGUUGGCAGCUCCAGCAACAGAUAGCGCUCUCAUGACACUUUUUUCUGGGUGGGCUUGCAAGGGUCGAAACCAAGGCAUGUGUUUGUCUCCAAAUGGAAAUGGUUGCUGUGUUAAAAGGUUCAGUGACAUUGAAGAAGAUUUUGUUCAAUCAUGUUGUGCAUGCACUUCUUCCAUGUGUAUGAACGAGACCUGUUCAACAAUUCAUGGAGAUGAAGUUAAAAGGCCAGUCAAAAGAAACAUUUCUGAUUCAUGCAAAACCGGCAAUGCUGCUGAGCUGUCAGUUAGUGUCGAUGCCCAUGAGCAACCUUGUAAUGAAAGGUCUUGCUGUGUUCCUGGUUUAGGAGUAAAUACUAAUAAUCUGGGGUUUGGUUCUCUUUUAACAGCCAAGUCUCUGAGAUCUUUGUCUUUUAGCUCCUCCGCUCCAUCUCUAAAUUCCAGUCUUUUUGUCUGGGAAACAGAUAAUAACUUGUCUGACAUUGGCUCAGCAGAUCGACCAAUUGAUACAAUUUUCAAAUUUCAUAAAGCCAUCAGCAAAGACUUGGAAUAUCUGGAUGUUGAAUCUGGAAAGCUUGGCGAUUGUGAUGAGACAUUCCUUAGGCAGUUUAUUGGAAGAUUUCAUCUAUUAUGGGGUUUAUACAGAGCUCAUAGUAAUGCCGAGGAUGAUAUUGUUUUCCCAGCAUUGGAGUCUAAAGAGACACUUCAUAACGUCAGUCACUCAUAUACACUAGAUCAUAAGCAGGAGGAAAAAUUGUUUGAAGACAUUAACAGUGUUCUUUCUGAACUCUCACACCUUCAUGAAAGUUUUACCGUAGGUCAUAUACCGACUGAUACUGGCACUGAACUUUCUGGUGCCUACAAUGGUGAUUGUCUGAGAAAAUAUAAUGAGCUGGCUACUAAGCUUCAGGGGAUGUGCAAAUCAAUCAGAGUUACCCUGGAUCAUCAUAUUUACCGAGAGGAACUUGAGCUUUGGCCGUUAUUUGGUAGAUAUUUCUCUGUGGAGGAGCAAGACAAACUAGUUGGGCGCAUAAUUGGCACCACAGGUGCUGAAGUGCUUCAGUCAAUGCUGCCAUGGGUAACUGCAGCCCUUACUCAGGAGGAGCAAAAUAAAAUGAUGGACACAUGGAAGCAAGCAACCAAAAACACAAUGUUCAAUGAAUGGCUAAAUGAAUGCUGGAAAAAACCCUCCGAAUCAUCUUUGCAGAAUGAAAUGUCAGAAACUGGCAUUUCUCUAAAAGGUAAUGAUUUUCAAGACAGUUUGGAACAAUGUGAUCAAAUGUUUAAGCCUGGGUGGAAAGAUAUUUUUCGAAUGAAUCAAAAUGAGCUUGAGUCAGAGAUACGGAAGGUUUAUCGGGACUCAACUCUUGAUCCUAGGAGAAAAGCAUAUCUUGUUCAGAACCUUUUAACUAGUCGUUGGAUAGCUGCUCAGCAGAAGUUACCCCAAGCAGCAUCCAGUGAAGCUUCUGACGGCGAAGAUGUAUGGGGAUGUUCUCCAUCAUUUCGAGAUCCAGGGAAACAAAUAUUUGGGUGCGAGCACUACAAAAGAAACUGCAAACUCCGUGCUGCUUGCUGUGGGAAGUUGUUUACUUGCAGGUUUUGUCAUGACAAUGUGAGCGAUCAUUCAAUGGAUAGGAAAGCAACCUUAGAGAUGAUGUGCAUGAGUUGCCUCAAGAUUCAACCCGUUGGUCCAAUUUGCAUUACACCUUCCUGCAGUGGACUUUCAAUGGCAAAGUAUUAUUGUAGCAUAUGCAAGUUUUUUGAUGAUGAAAGGAAUGUGUAUCAUUGUCCAUUUUGCAAUCUAUGCCGUGUUGGUAAAGGACUUGGCAUUGAUUAUUUUCAUUGCAUGACAUGCAAUUGUUGCCUUGGGACAAAGUUAGUGAACCACAAGUGCCUGGAGAAAGGUUUAGAAACCAACUGCCCUAUUUGUUGUGAUUUUUUGUUCACAUCAAGUGCAACAGUCAGAGCUCUACCUUGCGGCCAUUACAUGCAUUCAGCUUGUUUUCAGGCAUAUACUUGCAGUCAUUACACCUGUCCACUUUGCAGUAAAUCCUUGGGAGAUAUGGCGGUUUACUUCGGUAUGCUUGACGCAUUGUUGGCUGCUGAAGAGCUUCCAGAAGAAUACAGGGAUCGGUGUCAGGACAUUCUCUGCAACGACUGUGAUCAAAAGGGCACAGCUCGGUUCCAUUGGUUGUAUCACAAGUGUGGAUAUUGUGGAUCGUACAACACUCGCGUGAUCAAGACCUCGACCCAGACACCAACAACAGACUGCUCUACUGUGAAUCAAUGAAAGGUUUCUCUUCUUUCCCAAAUAAUGUAUAGGUGGUAGUUUGUAAAUAACAUGUAUAGGCAAAUUAUUUUUUCCCCCCAAUUGCGGCAUAGUUUCCUUUUGGGAGCAUCUAGACGCUCUGAUAGAAAACACUACCAAGGCAUUGAAAAGUUAUAAAUGUUUAGAACUAUUUGCUUCUCUA